UCUGUACUCGGUUGUGUGGGUCUGUGACAGGUUCCAACAGGGCCUGGUCCGUGUCCGGCCCCUAAGUCUUACGUCCCUGUCCCCAGGUGCUCCUUCAGAACCUGCUUCCUGCUGCCUCUACACCUGGGAGAGCAGGGACCAGAACAUUUCACUCUCCCUAUGGAAACUCAGGCUGACCUUGCAUCUCAGGAACCUCCACCCUUGCUGGAGAGUGCUCUUUCUUCUUCAGAAGUCCCUUCCUUUGCUGACAAGGACAGUCUGGGGCAUGAGAUGUUGGCUGCUGCACUUCUGAAGGCCAAGUCCCAGGAGUUGGUGACAUUUGAAGAUGUAGCUGUCUACUUCAUCUGGAAAGAGUGGAAACGUUUGGAACCUGCACAGAGGGACCUCUACAGGGAUGUGAUGCUGGAGAAUUAUGGGAAUGUGUUCUCACUGGAUUGUGAAUCUAAAACUGGAAAUGACCAAGUAAUCUCUGAAGGCAUGGGGUCACAUGAGAUGAUGUUGGGACAGUUCCAAACGGAUGUUUCUCAGGGUCUUAAGUUUGGAGAAGCCUAUGAACAAGAAGUCAAUCUGAAGAGACAGCUAGGGAACUCCUCUGCUGGAAGACUGAAUAGAAGAAUACAGGAGUUCCAUCAAGUGACAGUUGAGGAAAAGCUUACCCAUAUGGGACAAAGAAAUGACAAGUAUAAUGAGUUCGGGAACAGCUUCACUGUGAAUUCCACCCUCAUUUCACACCAGAGGUUUCCCAUGGGACACAGACCCCAUAAGUGUGAUGAAUGUAACAAGAGUUUUAAUCGAACUUCAGACCUUAUUCAACAUCAGAGAAUUCACACUGGGGAAAAGCCCUAUGAAUGUAGUGAAUGUGGAAAGGCCUUCAGCCAGAGUGCACAUCUUAUUCAGCACCAGAGAAUCCACACUGGAGAGAAACCUUAUGAAUGUAAAGAUUGUGGGAAGACCUUCAGUUGUAGCUCUGCUCUCAUUCUACAUCAGAGGAUCCACACUGGGGAGAAACCUUAUGAAUGUAAUGAAUGUGGAAAAACAUUCAGUUGGAGCUCCACUCUUACUCACCAUCAGAGAAUCCACACUGGUGAGAAGCCCUACGCUUGCAACGAAUGUGGGAAGGCUUUCAGCCGGAGUUCCACCCUUAUCCAUCAUCAGAGAAUCCAUACUGGAGAAAAACCCUAUGAAUGUAAUGAGUGUGGGAAGGCCUUCAGCCAGAGCUCACACCUCUAUCAGCACCAGAGAAUUCACACUGGAGAGAAGCCCUAUGAAUGUAUGGAGUGUGGGGGGAAGUUUACCUACAGUUCAGGCCUUAUUCAGCAUCAAAGAAUCCACACAGGGGAGAAUCCCUAUGAAUGUAGCGAGUGUGGGAAAGCCUUCAGGUAUAGCUCAGCUCUUGUUCGCCAUCAGAGGAUUCACACUGGAGAGAAGCCUUUGAGUGUAAUGGGUGUAAGCAGAAAUUCCCUCAGGGUUUCUGCUGAAUUAAACGUCAGAGACUCCACAUGAAAGAGCCAUAUCCCAUUUCCCUCACUUCCUGAGUCUAAGGAGCUCUUGCCUUACUUUAUAAAUAGCACCAAUUUAGGAUGUUUCCCUCCUCAAACCUUUCACUCAGAGUGGGGCAGAUUGGGAAAGACAUCCUGGCACAGUGAUGAGCAGGAUUUCCCAGGAGUGGAUACUAGUCUUGAAAAAUCGUGAGGCAAGUAGCAGAUUAAGCACUGGGAAAGGGAGGAAGCUUGGGGACCAGCCAUCCCCUUUUAAGGAAGGGUUUGCACUAAACCAGUUUUCUCACACCAGAAGAGCCUUUCUGAGUUGGGGGUGGACAUUUAUUAGUAAUAGAAUUCCAAGGAUUCCACUAGUUGGGGUCAAUCUGGUGAGCACAGAAGACAGAGGGAAGGAUAUUCUGGGUCAUCUAGAAAGGGAAACAAGCUGUAUUUCUUUUUCUCCCUCCCCCCCCCCUUCUUUUUUUGAGCUAGGUCUAGCCCUAGCUUUUCUUGAACUCACUGUGUAGACCAGGCUGGCCUUGUACUCGGCGAGACCUGCCUGCCUGUGCCUCUGAAGUGCUGGGAUUACAGGCGUAUAUACAACCAUGCCAGGCCAGGAGCUGCAUCUCCAAGCCACUCUUGCUAAUCCAGUUUUGAGAUAGGACAAGGAAUAUGCUGCUUUGGUACAUGACUUCAUGAAUUUAGGAAACUUGAUGGUAAUGGGAUCAUUUUAUUGGGGGUAGGUUGGGGGAAGGACCCCAACAAGGGUCUGUAGUGACCACCCUUGGAACUCUUUUUUUUUUCCACUCUUUUUAUUUAUUUAUUUAAUUAUUAAAGAUUUCUGUCUCUUCCCCGCCACCGCCUCCCA